GGGGCGGGACCGGCUGUUGCCCUUGAGCUGGUGGGCCCGGGUGCGUCGCUGUGCGCGGUCCGGGCACCAUGGUGUUCUUGCCCGACGAGUCGCGGGGGCUCCCGCCGCCCCGCAUCGUGAACAAGAACUCGGUGUGGCUGGGCCUGGUGGGCUGGGGCUCGGCGCUCCUGGACAACGCCUUCAACCGGCGCCCGGUCGUACGAGCUGGAAUACACCGUCAGGUCCUGUAUGCCACUGUGGGCUGGUGUGUUGGAUAUUAUUUGAGUAAACGUGCAAACUAUAUUCAUGCUAAACUGGACAGAGAACUGAUGGAAUACAUUAGGCAACAUCCGGAAGAUUUUAAGGAAAAAGAGAAGAAAACCCUAGCUGAAGUUCUGGAGGACUUCCAUCCAAUUCGCUGAAAACUUCUCAAGAACUACAGACUUGUUCAGCAGAUCGUGUUUCGUGAGACCACUCCCAAAUAUAUUCGAGCAGAUUGUAUGUCAGUUAUUGUUCAAAUGCCACUGGUUGAAAAACAAAAAACAACCCUUACUGUAUUCUUAUAAUUAAAACUAUGAAUAAUUA